AGCAUGGCUAUCUCCACAGCGCGUGGGGUUACGUUCUCUACCGUGCUUGUCUCAUUGAAUCUGUCGUGACCACAGGGUUUUCAAGACACGAGGCGGAUUUGUAUGCGUUCGAGUCGGUACGAUGUCCCAUCACAGAAAAAGGAAAGCCGAGGACACGAGUGAUGAGGAUGGUGAGAUCGUGUCCCCCGAGUCUGCCGGUAGGCACGGGGACGCCAAGGAACAUUCCCUAGACGCUGUUAGUUCUGAAAACUCCCAUGACGAGGAGGUAAACAACGAUCGGUUGAUCAUUCAGCCUCCCCAGGCCAAAGUUUCGUCUUCUCGGAAGGACAAGCACAGCAGUACGAAGAGAAAGAAGGAUCGCUCCAAGAGACAUCGAAGAGAAUUACACAGGGAACGUUCCAAGGAGCACCAUCGCAGUCAUCAAAGUCACAGCUCCAGACCCAGGGAUGAUCGUGACACUAAGAGAAGUGAGUCUUCUCAUCACCGAAGUCGAACAUACGAUGAAGACAGGGAAAGGCGAAAGGAGAGAUGGAAGAAGGAAAUGGAUGAUCCACGUCGUAAGGCUGACCCUCGCAGCCUAUCGGCCAGCAGAGUGGACCGCUCCAGAGCUUCUGACAUGGAGCAGGAACGGGAAAGUGAGCAGGUCUUGCGGGGCAUUUCACAGAAGCGGGAACACAGUCGGAGUAGAGAGCAAGGCCGGGAGGAUCUCAGAGAUGAUUCCUGGUCCAGGGAGGCAUUGAGACAUGAUCGGGGUCGAGAUUUUCUUGGCAAUAAGGUGGAGGAGGAUGCAAAGGUGAAGCAGUUGCAGCAUAAGGAAGCUGAGGAGCCAUCUCAGAUCCAGGAGAUCAGUGAAUCCUCAGACCAAAUAGUUGCAAAGCUCCUAGAUGAAGAUAUAGAGAUAACAGAAGUGCCAGAGAAGUCAUCUGCUUCAUCUACUGCAUCUUCUUCUGGCAAUUCAACCUCCUCCAAUAGCAGUGAAGAGGAGGGAGAAGAGGAAGAGGAAGAAGAAGGAGAAGCUAGAGAUGAUGAGGGAGAAGAGGAGAAAGGAUCCAGCAGUGAUAAGAAUGAAGUGCAAGCUUCUGACAGUGAGCUAUCUGAUGAGGAUGAAAAAUCAGAGCAUGGUGAGGGUGAAGACAAGAUGUCAACUGAAGAAGAGGAAAGUGAAAAGGACAUUGAUGAUGAGGAAGGUGAUGAAGCUGAAGGAGAUAGAGAAGAUGAGGAAGGAGGGAAAGAUGAAUCAACAUAUGUUGAAGCAACUCCUCCACCAUCUCCACCAGAACUGAAGCUCCCACCUUAUCUCCCUGGGGUACAGGGCUGCCGCCGGGUUGAGGAAUUUCACUGCCUUAACCGCAUUGAAGAGGGGACCUAUGGUGUUGUCUAUCGGGCACGGGAUAAGCGCACUGAUGAAAUUGUGGCUCUCAAGCGCCUCAAAAUGGAGAAGGAAAAGGAAGGCUUUCCCAUUACAUCCCUGCGGGAGAUCAACACAUUGCUGAAAGCACAGCAUCAGAAUAUAGUCACUGUGCGGGAGAUUGUGGUCGGGAGUGACAUGGACAAGAUCUACAUUGUGAUGGACUAUGUUGAACAUGACCUCAAAAGCCUCAUGGAAACAAUGAAGACCAAGAACCAUAUGUUUGUGUUUAGUGAAAUCAAGACCCUUAUGAUACAACUCCUUCAUGCUGUUGCUCAUCUACAUGACAACUGGAUUCUUCAUCGGGACCUAAAGACCUCUAAUCUUCUUCUCAGUCAUAAAGGAGUAUUGAAGGUGGGCGAUUUUGGCCUUGCUCGAGAAUAUGGAUCACCCCUGAAGCCAUAUACCCCUGUUGUGGUGACACUGUGGUACCGUGCACCAGAACUCUUGCUUGGUGUCAAGGAAUAUUCAACACCUAUUGAUCUCUGGUCUGUGGGUUGCAUCUUUGGGGAACUGAUUGCUAUGGAGCCCAUGUUUCAAGGGAAGUCUGAUAUUGAUCAGCUCAAUAAGAUCUUUAAAGACCUUGGCACUCCAAAUGAGAAGAUCUGGCCCGGUUACAGUGAACUACCAGGAGUGAAGAAGAUGUCAUUUGCUGAGCAUCCUUACAAUCAGCUGCGGAACCGAUUCCGCCAAUACAAGCUGACUGAGCUUGGUUUUGAUUUCCUCAACCGCUUCCUCACUUACUGUCCAUCCAAGCGGAUCACAGCAGAAGAGGCGCUCAAGCACGAGUGGCUGAGUGAGAAACCAUUCCCAAAGGACCCUUCGAUGUUCCCAACGUGGCCAGCCAAGAGCGAACUCGGUCACCGGAAGCGUGCCGAGAGUCCCAAGCCCCCCUCAGGAGGGGGACAAUAUUACAAGCAGAUGAUCGGAGAGGAUGAUGAAAUUGCUGCCCGCUAUGGAUUCCCCUUCCCAGGUCAAGAUGGGGUUCCUGAUGCCUCCAAGGUACCUGGUUUCUCACUGAAAUUUUGAGAAUGUGUGAAAGAUGUGGAUCACAAAAUGAAUGAUGUUUCAUGUUAUGU